UUAGCUUCUGUUUCAGACAAGCUGUGGUCGGCGAGGUUUUUCUCAAGCCGUCGUCGAUUCUCCGUUCAUCGAAGCUCCCAAUUAAAACCAAAGUUUGACGAUGGAAGACGCUUAUGAUUCUGCCAAUGUUUCGAGCAAUGAUAAAGAGACAUCGCUUGAGAAGAACUUUGUGAACCAUGCUGAGAUUGCAUGGCAAGAGAUGAGAAAGAACUGGGUUGGAGAUCCGUCUAAAAGGACUUCUGAGUUACCUAUGGAACCUGUUAUAAGCUUCAACGCCACUUAUGAAGAGAUGCUUCUAAACAACCACACUCCCUUUCACAAGCCCAUCCCUCUAGCUGAAAUGGUGGAUUUUCUAGUUGAUUAUUGGCACGGGGAUUGUCUUUUCGACUAGUAGGUAACUCAAGUGGGGGGGAUUCUCAGUAUUCUUUGCUUGGUACAGAGUUUUAGUUGCAGGCUCUACUAAUCCACUUAUGUCACAGACAAAGAGUGGACCAUGUUUUUGUGUAAACUGUUCUACAUGAGGUGAUGGAAUGAUGUUUACCGUAUAAUCUAACGGAUUGAUUACCCUUUAAAUGUUAGGUGUUUUUUUCUAUGAAAUGAUGUUACUUUUCUUUAGAACAUGCGGAGAUGAAGUAAGAAAACGUGUUGAACGCACUGCGAGUUGCCCAAAGAAAAG